AGCUAACCCAAGCGAAAUAUAAAUGCCUAAUAUUAAUACAUAAGAUAUGCUUGCGGAGGAGGCUAGCAUUAAGCAUAGUAGAGACUUCUUCUGCUAUCUUUCGUUAAGCAAUAGGAGGUAUAAUAUCGGGUCCUGUAGCCUUGUUGGGAUUUAGCUCUUGGUUUGAAUAGCCAACAACAUUCCAUCAUAAUCAAAUUAAUUUUAAUGUAAUAAAUAUAUCUAGUUAUGUUAGUUAUUAAGUUAAUAAAAGGAUACUGUACGAGUGACUGCUAAUCAGUUAAGCGUCAGGAGAAGUACGAGAUAGAACGAACGGUUGAUUUACAAAUAGUUGUGUUAGACAAAGUCCUACGGGGAUCCACCCUUCAGGUACUGAACUUUAUCUGUUUGCAUGUAUGUUUGUAGUGUGAUUAGUGUUUAUGUUAAUGUUUAAGUUUAGUUUGAUUCAUCGUAUGAACUAAGAAAAUGAUUGGAAUGCAUGUAUCUUUAUACCUUUUACUUAUAUAUAGUUAAACUUAAUCUUUUCUAUAGAAUAUAUUUUCAAUAAAUAUUAAAGAAAUUCCCGUUCGACUUGCGUUUAAAGUAGCAGUGCCAAACAACUUCUGAAGGAUAUGUGUGCCGUUUAGUAGGCAAAGAGAGUGUUUGGUACAAGUAAUUUGAGAAUCAGAGAGUUAUUACGAAAUGUCGGACUCAGAAUCAGCCUCUGUAGCCGAAACCCCUGAACUUCAGAGUACAAUUAAAACUAAGCGAAAGCAGUUAAGAGCCAGGAUAACCCGUUCCAUAAAACGUAUUAAGGAGUACAUUCAACAGAACAGUGAGAACAAAAAACGAUUUGAUAAGGAGAUAAGGGAACUGAGAUGCGAUUUUGGAAAGGCACGCGAUUUGCACACGCAAUUGUACGAUUUCGCAGACGAAACGCAAACAGCAGCACUAGAUAAAUGGGAAAAUGAAUUAACGAAUGACGUUUAUUCGAUAGAAGAAGAAAUUGAACUGUAUCUUAGUACACUUUCAAUGCCGGGGGCAUCCCAAAUCCCAAGUACCACGGAAAAUAUGCAAAGUAUGCAAGAUAUGCCGCCUCUUGAAGAGCCUGAAACUCGGUCUACAAAUACGGACAACAUUCCAGCAAACGAAGUAAAUAUAAUCCCACAAGUGAAUGAAUCCCCACAAGAAAAUGUAGUUCCACAAGCAAACGAAUCCUCCCCAGUAAACGAAACCCCCCCAGUUUGCCCCAUUUCAACACGAGUUAGUUUAAAUCCAAACCCAGCGCCAUCUACAACAAGUUCCCGUCCCUUUGAUGCAUGGAUAGACGAUUUGACAGAGUUUAAGGAAACCGUAUUGCCUGAAGUGUCACAAGCCGUGUCAAUAGCUGAUGCACUUUAUAAAUUAGAAGCCAGUAGGGAUAUACCGACCAUCAAACUUCCUAAAUUUAGCGGCAACGCGCUUGUCUAUGCUGAUUUCAUAGACCGGUUCAAAAUCCAUAUUCACGACAAACCACAUUUGACAGACGAUAGGCGAAUGAUUCAGCUAAAAAUGCAUGUUACUGGAGACGCAGAACGCGCGAUCUCAGGUGUUGGUUCCAAGGGCGUUAUGUAUGCAACGGCAUUAAAGAUUUUAAAGGAACAGUUCGGACAGCCAAGCACAAAUGCACGUUGUUUGGUAAAUCGGCUUACCAAAGGUGAUAAAAUCCAAAGGAAUGACAGGAAUGCGCUUCGAGAACUUUCGAUCGAUUUAGUUAAUUGCGUGGCGACGAUGCAUCAAGUCAAGUACUUCGCUGACGUAAACGCGAGUGAUAAUUUGCGAAAGAUAGUAAUGAGAUUACCGGAUUAUCUCAUCCAAAAAUGGAAAGGCGUUGUUAUAGAGAUUAGAGACAAGCAGCGAGCCCCAACGAUUAACGAUAUAGCCACCUUCCUCAGAAAACAAGUUAAGGCGGAGUUUGAUCCUGAUUUUGGCGACGUAACGCUAAGACCCCCCAAGUACGACACGCGAAGAGGCGAUGGAAAGGACAGAAAUGGCAUACAUUCAGCACAAAAAACCUUGAAAUGCUUCGUGUGUGAUGGAGAUCACAAAGUCGUAGAGUGUCCCACCCUAGCUGAUUCCACGGUUCCAGAACGCUUGACCUUAGCGAAGAAUGCAAGAUUGUGCUUCUCGUGUUUAAACAAAGGACAUACGUCGAAGGAGUGUAGAUCUAAGAAAAGAUGUGAGAAAGACGGAUGCACCCGUAUGCACCACCAACUGUUGCACGAAGAACCUGGGACGAUGGGAGCUAUGUCAUCUAUAUUAGACAGAGGAAGCAUUCUACCAGUCGUCAGAGUUUGUUUUAAAGCGCCAAACGGUCGAACACGCGAAGGAAAUGUACUCAUGGAUAGCGGGGCGGGUACAACGGUUAUAAGAAAGGAUUUUGCACGAUCUCUUGGCUUGCAAGGAAAACGAGAGAAGAUAAGUCUAGCUGUAGUUGGAGGAGAGAAAGUCGACGAGCCAGAAAGCAGAAGAGUGUCAUUUUCCAUCUCAGCACUAAACGGUUCUGAAGAGCAUAAAAUUGAAGCCCAUGAGAUUGCGAGAACUGUUCUAAGUGUUCCACGUUUGGAUCGGUCGUAGCUGAAGUCGU